AUGGUGAAAAGCCUGGAAAGUAUGUUAUAUGAGGAACAGUUGAUGAAAACUGAUUAUUUAGCCAAGAAAAGGAAGGAUUUGGGAAACAGAGGAGGAGAAAAUAAUUGUUGUCCAUUUUCAAAUACACAAAGGGUAGCGUGUGGGCAAGGGAUCAUAGUUGUUUUGGAGGUCCACGAGAGAAAGAACCAGGACCAAUUAAGGCCGCUCACUGCGGCUGCUGGCGGCACAGCGGCCUUUCUAUUUCCAUCCGACCACACACACACAGCCUUGACCACUGCCCAGACCCUCCCCUUCCCGCCCCUGGAGCACCGCCCCUCCCAGACUUUAGAGCGUCAGUCUCCGCCCCACUCUGGCCUGAGGAUCCUGCUUGCAGAGCCAGGUGAUCCCCCCAGCAGGUUCAAGCCAGCGCUCAGGCUCUGGCGCCUCCUCGCCCGCCAGCGGAGCAGCGCCCCUGGAAUGGCUUCGCUGCUGCUACUGCCACUGCUGCUGACACUGUCGCUUCCGGCUGGGGCCAACUGCCCGUGCCAGGAUCCAGCGCUCUGCCAACCCAUCCGCCACCACCCCGACUUCGAGGUCUUUGUCUUUCAUGUUGGUGACAAAACUUGGAAAUCUUACGACUGGUCACAGAUUACAACUGUAGCAGUCUUUGGAAAAUAUGACCCAGAACUGAUGUGCUAUGCUCACUCCAAAGGGGCCAGAGUAGUGCUAAAAGGAGAUGUGUCGGUAAAGGCGAUCAUCGAUCCCACUUUCAGAGCAUCCUGGAUAGCUCAAAAAGUUAACUUGUCCAAAACACAGUAUAUGGAUGGAAUUAAUAUAGACAUAGAGCAAGAAGUUAAUCGUUCAUCACCUGAAUAUGAUGCAUUAACUGCUUUAGUCAAAGAAACUACAGAUUCUUUCCAUCGUGAAAUUGAGGGAUCACAGGUAACGUUUGAUGUAGCUUGGUCUCCAAAGUGCAUAGACAGAAGGUGCUAUAAUUAUACUGGAAUUGCAGAUGCUUGUGACUUUCUCUUUGUGAUGUCUUAUGACGAACAAAGUCAAGUCUGGUCAGAAUGUAUUGCAGCAGCCAAUGCCCCCUAUAAUCAGACAUUAACUGCAUAUGAUGACUACAUCAAGAUGGGCAUUAGCCCUAAGAAACUUGUAAUGGGUGUUCCCUGGUACAGUUAUGAUUACACCUGCCUGACUUUAUCGGAGGAUCAUGUUUGUACCAUUGCAAAAGUCCCUUUCCGGGGGGCUCCUUGCAGUGAUGCGGCAGGACGUCAGGUGCCCUAUAAAAUAAUCAUGAAGCAAGUAAACAGUUCUAUUUCUGGAAUCCAGUGGGAUGAAGAUCAGAAGGCUCCAUAUUAUAACUAUAAAGAUGAUGCUGGCCGUAUCCAUCAAGUGUGGUAUGAUAACCCGCAGAGCAUUUCUUUAAAGGCAGCAUAUAUACAAAGGCGUGGCUUACGCGGCAUUGGCAUGUGGCAUGCAAACUGUCUUGACUACUCUGGAGAUGCUGUAGCCAAACAGCAAGCUGAAGAAAUGUGGAAAGCCUUAAAACCAAAGCUAUAAAAACAUGAACAUCUUUUGUUAAAUAUUAAGAAUUAGAAUAUUAUCUGUAUAAACAGGUCUAGUUUCUCAAAGAGAUAAAAAUAUAUACUUUUUUGUAAUGUUUGGUAGAUAUUUUAGUUAUUAGUAUAUUCAUAAACAAAUAAAGAGAUUCUUUGAUUGUUUUAAUUUGAAAGAUAUAUAUAUAUACCUAUAUA